AUUUAUGUCAUAUUUUUUUACUGAAAAAUAUUUUUCUUUAAAUUAACUUAACUAUUGAGAAAGUGUUUUUUUUGUGUGAAAGAAACCAAAGAAAAACUAUAAACAAACAAACAUUUACACAAAAUGAUUAGUUAUAAAAUGAAAAUUAAAAUUUAUGUUUUAUCCAUAUCAUUAAAUUAAUGUUAUAUAUUUGUUAGAAAUAUGUCAUAUAAUAUUCAAAUGACUACAGUUUCUUCAUCUACAUUUCAAUCAACUACAUUAAAUAAUUCUUAUCCUACUACUAUUACUACUACUACUACUUGUGGUACUACCACUACUACUAAUAAUGAUAAUACUUAUAUACCAACUACAAUAUCAAAUACAUUUCAAUCACGUAUUCAAACUGAUUUAUCAGAUAAUCAUUAUCUAUUUGAUGUACAUAAAACAAAAGAUGAUUCUAUGAAUAAUAAAUUAUAUACAGUUGAUCAUUUAUUAAAAUCAACAUCAAUAAAAUCAAAAUCGAAACGUUUAGAAAAACAUGUUACAUUAUCUGAUGAAAUAUUAGAUGUAAAUUAUCCACCAUUUCUUCAACAUCAUUAUAUAAAAUCUAAUGAUUAUUAUAAUAAAUUUAAUAUUGAUAAUUUAGAUAAUAAAAAUAAUAAAAAUUUAACUAAUAUAGAUCAUAAUUAUCCAUUAUCAAUUAAUCCAACUAUUCCACAUAUGUCAACUGAUAAAAUAAGUACAGCAAGUCUUGGAAGUAUGGUAAAAUAUUGUACAGAUAUUCAUGAUGAAUCUUCGACUACACUCAUUUUAUCACGUUUAGAAAAAUUAACACUUAAAGAUUUUGCAUCUGAAGUGAGAGCGAAUCUAGAUAUUGAUAUGUUUAUAAAAGAAGCAACCCUUUUAUUGGAUUUGGAUGGAUCCACGUUAGAGGAUAUAAUUAGUUCAAUGUUAGAAGCAGUUUUUAAUAAUCGUCCUAUUGUUGAUACAGCAGCAUCAACAACAAAUACAACAGCGAACAUGACGCCAAGUAGUCCUAGUUCUCCUGAUGAUACCGAUUCAGUUCAAUGGUCAAGAACUUCAGCGACUACAACUAGUGGUUUUGGACAAAAAGUAAAUUUUUCAAUAACUGGAAAUUCAGAUAAAACUAAUUUAUCAAAACUGGAUAUUGAAAAUAUGAAACUUGAAGCUAAAAAUUCUCUUAUGAUGCAGAUUAGUUAUGAGGGAUAUACAUAUCAAAGGCUCGCAAAAACAAUUAAAGGAGUUUCAUUGAGAGAUGGUGAUUGUUUGUCAACCGAUCAAAGUUGGAUUUGUGCCAUGUGUUCAUUAAGAUCAAUUCAUAAACGUUAUCUUGCUUUGGCACGAUUAAAUAAUCCAGUUAAUUUUGGCAGGUCAAGUGAAGGAACUUAUUUGAUUGUACUUAUAAUAACACCAACGAAAGAGAAAGGUACAAAAAGUGAAAUUGAAGUUGGUCGAACAUUUGGCACAAUUCUAUCUGAUCCAAUAUUUCGGCAAGAAUUAUUAUUUGCUACUGAUGAAAAAGAAGUAAAAUUACUAUUAUGGGAUAGAGCACAACAAUUGGCAGCGCAACAGUCAACUGAUAGACGUAGAUCAUCACAAUAUCUUGAUAUUAGAAAUCAAACUAUUGAUCUAAGUUCUCAGUCAAAGAUUGGCAAAGGAAUUUACUUAGAUCUAAAGCGUAAAAUUCCAUAUUAUUGGUCGGACAUAACUGAGGGCAUCUGUGGAAAAAAUACUAUGCGUAAAACAAUAUCAACUAUUAUAUUCCUAUACUUUGCUUGUCUACUUCCUUCAAUUGCAUUUGGAUUAUUGAAUUCCAAAAAUACUGAUAAAAAGAUGGAUGUUACACGUGUAAUAAUGGGUCAAACGAUAGGUGGAUUAUGUUAUGGAGUUUUUGGAGGUCAACCAUUACUUGUACUUUUAUCAACAGCUCCACUAGCACUAUACAUAAAAAUUAUUUAUACCAUAUCUGAAACAUAUUCCAUUAAUUUUUAUGCAAUGUAUGCAUGUAUUGGAUUGUUUAAUAGUUUAUUUUUAAUCAUUUAUUCUGUUUGUGGAUUUAGUCGUUGGAUGAAAUGGUCUACAAGAUCGACAGAAGAGAUAUUCGCUAUGUUUGUUUCAAUGGCAUUUUUAUACGAUGCUGGGAACGAUUUAUAUGCAACGUUUCAAGAAAAUUAUCAUUGUAAUUUAUUAACAAAUUAUUCAUUAAUAUCAAAUGAAACUUUGAAUAUUCAGGGAUUUCAUAUAAAUUUCAUUCAUUCAAAUUAUUCAUUUAAUAGAAUUUCUAUAGAAAAUUGUCCUGAAAUAUUACCAACCAAAUCAUUCCCAUCAUCAUCAACGUCCUCUACAUUGCCAUCAUUACCAUCACAACAUACAAAUAGAAAUAUUACAAUUAUCCAGUCAGGAUGUCAACGUGAAGUUGCACUAGUUUAUUUAGUUUUACUUCUAGGUACAGUAUGGAUCGCAUUGAAUCUUUUAAAUUUUACUAAAACACCAUUUCUAACUGCUACAAAACGGGAAAUAUUAACAGACUUUGCUUUACCUAUAGCAGUCAUUAGUAUGUCACUUGUUGGAUCCUUAAUAUUUGGUGACAUAAAAUUAAAACCAUUUGAAGUUGAACCGUCCGAUUUUAUGUUGAGCAAAGCCCCAUUGAACUUAUUAAGUUGGCCUGCCGUACUCGGAUCUAUCGGUAUAGCUAUCCCAUUAUCACUAUUAUUUUAUAUGGAACAAAAUAUUGCCAGUGCUAUCCUGAAUUCCCCAUCUAAUAAGCUAAGAAAAGGACCAUCAAAUCAUUGGGAUUUGUUUGUCAUAGCACUUAUCAACAUUAUAUUAUCAAUAUUUUGUCUUCCAUGGGUUCAUGCAGCUUUACCUCAUACUCCAUUACACGUGAAAGCCUUAGCGGAUAUGGAAGAGCAUGUUGACGGUGGACAUCAUAUUAAACAAACUGUUAUUCGAGUACGUGAAACAAGAUUAACAUUAUUUAUUUCACAUGUACUCAUUGGAUUAUCACUAGCGAUGAUACCUUAUCCAUUGAUCUAUAUACCUCCACCUGUAUUAAAUGGUCUAUUUAUUUAUAUGGCUAUAACAGCUUUACAAGGCAAUCAAAUGUUUGAAAGAAUAUUACUUUUUAUUACAGAACAAUCGGCUUAUCCACCAUCACAUUACAUAAGACGUGUACCACAAAGAAAACUCCAUUUAUUCACAUUUUUUCAGUUAAUACAAUUGGGAUUUCUAUGUGCAUUUGGAUUCGCACCUAGUCCAUAUGUGAAAUUAAUAUUUCCUGUAAUACUUGUUUUACAAAUAGUUUUAAGACAUACACUUAUUCCUAAAGCUAUUGAUUCUAAAUAUCUUGAGGCUCUGGAUCGUCAUUUUUAAUCCGAAAAAAAGAUAAAUAAAUAAAUUUGAUUAGUAUUUCAAUUGAUAAUCUAUUAUCAUUAUUUAUAUUAGAAUUACUAUCUUCAUUAUUUCUGUUGUCAAUUCUAUCAGUAUUGUUAAAUAAUCUUAAUGAAUAUUAUAAAAAGAAUCAAUGUUUCAUUAGAUACAAUUAUUAUACAUAAUUCUAUAAAAUAAAGAGAUUAUCUGUAAUUUUUUAAUGGGUAUUAAAUUAAAUUCAC